AUGCGCCGAUGGCGCAGGUACGCCGGGCUGGGCCUGUGCGCCUGCUGGCUGCCCUUGGCCAUCAGGCUGCUGCUCCUCGGGCGCGGCUACGUCGAGCCCUCGCUCGCCCUCAUCAACGGCCCGGCCAUUGGCAGGGAUGGGGACUCUGCCACCGGGGCACGGGUGGAUCGCAGGCUCGCGCAGUCGACGCCGGCCUUCGUUGGAGCGUACAUGGCCGAGCGUCAACCCGCCAACGUGUCGUACUGCAGGUGGCAGUACGAGCUUCCCGAGAGCCUGGUCUACCUGGACUACCAGCUGAUAGGCAGUCCCGAGGCAGGACCAACGGGCGGCCCAAACGGCGUCCUCCCGUUCGCCAUCCGCGGGUCGCAAAACGCUGCCGAUCUCCCACCGGUCACGCUCUGCAGCCACGCCACGGCCGAUCAGGUGUACAGCAUCGUCGAGCUCGCCAAACGCUGGGAGGGCCCCCUCUCCCUGUCCGUCUUCGUACCCGGCCACGACCUCGGCCUCGCCGUCCGGCUGCUCGACCUCGCCUGCCACUGCGAGCCGGCCAUGUCCAAGGUCUCCGUCCACUUCAUCUUCCCGCGUAACGAGCCGCCGAGCCUCGAGGCCCCUCCAUCUGCAGCCGAUCUGGCCUCGCCCGAUCGGAGCUGCGGAGCUGCCGAUCUUCAGCGCAAGACGGCCAACAGUACCGAUCGCCACCGAUUGGGUCUCCUGUACCCGAUAAACGUGGCGCGCAACGUGGCCCGGUCCCUGGCGCCGACGCAGCGCGUCCUCGUGUCGGACAUCGAGCUCCUGCCGAGCGAACAUUUGGCCUCGCAGUUCGCGGCGAUGCUCAAGGGCAGGACCCCCAAGAGGGCCAUAGCCUUUGUGCUGCCGGUUUUCGAGAUCGAGGCCAGGCUCGCCCCGCCCGCCAACAAGAAGCAGCUUCUUGUCGCGCUCAGAACUGGAAACGCCGUCUAUUUUCACAGGUUCCUUUGUCCGCACUGCCAGAGAUUUCCGGGGAUCGAGACCAGGUGGAUACUGAGACCGGAUCCGGGCAAGGUGAGGCCGCUGAUCAUCACCAGAAGGGAGUACCCGAACAACAGGUGGGAGCCCAUUUUCAUCGGAACAAAGCACGACCCCUUCUACGCCGAGGACAUGACGUGGGAGGGUCGCCAGGACAAAAUGACUCAGAUGUUCGAGAUGUGCCUAAUGAAUUAUCGACUAAUAAUCCUCGACGGUGCGUUCCUGGUGCACACUCCGGGAAUCAAACGCAAGCCAUUUGUUGACGGACAGCAGCCGCGCGUCGACGAGCGACAGCGAGCCCACGAGAGACGGAACGCUCGUAUCUACCAGAGGAUCACGCGGCGGCUUCUCAAGAGGUAUCCUGUCAACAAUAGGUGCAAGUCGUGAAGGUUGUUAUUUUGACGAGGUAAUUCAUUGUAUUGCGAGCGAGAUAAUACAAAGGAAAGGAGUAACGACACGAAGCUGACAAUACUAAUUGUUAUAAACAUUAUUGCCACGUAUGGUUGUGCGCUGUAGGGUAUUUUGUAGAUGGUCAUGAUUACAUUGUGAUAUGAAAGAGGGUUCUUUGUUUUUCUUCUUUUUUUUCAACUGUGUAAUAAGUAUAUAUUGUGGCAAUUUGUUAGGAACUCUUACAGGAGAUAAUUCUUUACCUACCAAUUUGUCAUUUUAUUCGAAUAGUUUUAGGAAUUCACAAUAUCUUAGUUUUGUGCAAAGUAAUACGGUUGUAGUCAAUUCCGUACCUUACCAGUCAAGUGUUUGUUAAGGACGAAAUUUUGUCUCACAGCAUAAAAUUUCAGGUAAAAAUGACGUUUCAAAUUUUAAUGAUGAUAUUGUUGUAGUAAAGAUGAUGCCAACAAAUAUUUCGGGACUUUUAUGAUUUUUUUGUUGAGGCUGUACGUACACAUAGUAGACAAGACUUACCUCAAAAGGGUCAGCCUGUGUUUGACUUCCUGCAUAGGUGUACAAACGUAAGUAUAUUAACAGGUUCUUUCCAGGUAAUAAAUUAUGUCGCACACGUGCAUUUUCCAAGUUUUUGAACUUAGACCUUUUUUAUUAGAAUUUUUUGUAUUUCGAUCCUACAAAUAGACUUAUUGAGAGUGAACGAGUAACUACGAUAUAAGUAUACAUAGUAAUUGUUUUUUUAAUUUUAUAGAAUACCUUGAAAAUCUACACAUAUUAAAUAUUCACUUAGCAACUACUGCGCUUCAUUAGAAACAUAAUUGAUAACAUGAAAAUUAUGUUAUUGAGCAAAAAUUAUUCAUAUCAAUAAGCGUAAUUUAUUGAGUACAAAUAACUAUACUGAAUACAUUUAACUUAGACGGUAAGUGAUUCUACGAGAGCCACAAAUAGAUAAAUUGAUAAUAAACCGAUAGCACAUUGAUAAUAGAUUAAUAGACUAUUAGCGAUCGUUAUCGAUGUAUUUUAUCUAUGAUGUAUUACUAUACGGCUAUUCUUGUGGCCCAAUAUAGUUAAAUAAGAUGGUAAUUGAUGUUGCGAUAACCAAUAACAGAUAACACGGUCGAUUACUGUUAUUCAAGCUGAAUGGUAAUAGCAUUACAUCAUUGCUUCACUGUAAAAAACAUAUUUCGAUAACAAUCGCUGAUAAAGUAAAUUUACUACGUUAUAUUAAAUACUUUUGUAGGAACUGUAUUUUAGUAUGAAAAUAUAUCAUUAAAAGUCAAUGAAGCGCACCAGCUGUGGUCAAACGAAAUAUUAUCAUGACUAUUGUAAACAACGAAUUAACGAUUCAGAAAUGUCAUUGACACUGACAAUUAAAGCGACAUAUUAUGUAGAAGACUAUCGACAG